AUCAAACUGUUGUUUUCAUUGGAUCCGUUGGAAAAUCCUUAUAAAAACUGCAUUUCAGGUGUCUAAGUUACCCAGUCACGGAAACUCUAUGGCAGCUCUCUUACUUCUAGUUUUCCUACUUAUAAUCUUAUUUUUCAUUCCAUUCCCGACUAUGUCUCUCAUUCCAAGCUUCUUUGGCAACCUUCGCAGCAGCGUCUUUGAUCCAUUCUCUCUUGAUGUUUGGGAUCUUUUCAAGGACUUCCCUUUCUCUUCACCACUCUCCACGCGCUCUUCAGAAACAUCGGCAUUUGUCAACCCCCGAAUCGACUGGAAGGAAACCCCAGAAGCUCACGUGUUCAAGGCUGAUGUUCCAGGGCUUCAGAAAGAAGAAGUGGAAGUGGAGGUUGAAGAUGACAGGGUGCUUCAGAUAAGCGGGGAGAGGAAUGUAGAGAAGGAAGACGAGAAGGACACAUGGCAUCGGGUGGAACGCAGUAGUGGCAAGUUCAUGAGGAGGUUCAGACUGCCGGAGAAUGCCAAGAUGGAUCAGAUCAAGGCUUCCAUGGAAAAUGGAGUGCUUACUGUUACUAUUCCCAAACUUGAAGUCAAAAAGGGCGAUGUGAAGUCCAUUGAAAUUUCCGGGUAAAGAUGUUUGUAACUUGUGAGCGAGUGCCUGUCUCCUUUGCUUUUGUGUGGGAUAAAAAAAGCGAUGGGUACUAUGACUUUAUGUGGUUGAUGAAGUUUGUGUUUUUAAUGUGAAAAGUAAAGCCACUCUUGUUGAUAAA